AAGAAAACAAGAGGUCAUGGAUUCCGAUAAUUUCAAGGACUUUGCCAAGGAGAUGGCGGAAUACAUCACAAAUUAUAUGCAGAACAUUAGAGACAGACGAGUGUUGCCUACAGUGGAACCAGGAUAUAUGAAGCCCCUUUUACCUUCCGAAGCGCCGCAAAGCCCCGAAGAAUGGAAAGAUAUUAUGGCCGACAUAGAGAGGGUGAUAAUGCCAGGUGUUACACACUGGCACAGCCCGAAAUUCCACGCGUACUUUCCCACCGCGCAAUCAUAUCCUGCUAUUGUGGCUGACAUGUUAAGCGGAGCUAUCGCGUGCGUCGGAUUCUCGUGGAUAGCGAGUCCCGCCUGUACUGAGUUGGAGGUGAUAAUGCUAGAUUGGUUAGGGAAAAUGAUAGAUCUGCCGAAGGAAUUUCUCGCCUGCAGCGGUGGCAAAGGUGGCGGUGUUAUUCAGGGAACUGCCAGCGAAGCUUCCUUGGUCGCGUUACUAGGAGCGAAAGCCAAGAAACUGAAACAAGUCAAGGAGCAACAUCCCGAAUGGACGAAUCCUGAGAUCAUCGACAAACUUAUCGCGUACUGUUCCUGUCAAGCGCACAGCUCGGUGGAACGGGCCGGACUUUUCGGCGGAGUAAAAUUCCGACUAUUGCCGGUCGAUGAGAAGUGUAAGCUUCGGGGCGACGUAUUGGCGAAGGCGAUUCAAGAAGAUAAGGAGAAGGGGCUUAUACCGUUCUACGUUGUCGCUACUUUGGGUACCACCGUUUCCUGCGCCUUCGAUCGUCUCGACGAAAUGGGCGUUGUGGCGAAUCGCGAGGACGUUUGGCUGCACGUGGAUGCCGCUUACGCAGGCUCCGCGUUCAUCUGUCCGGAAUACCGAUACUUGAUGAAAGGUAUCGAGCUGGCGGACUCGUACAACUUUAACCCGCACAAAUGGAUGUUGGUAAAUUUCGACUGCUCCGCUAUGUGGCUCAAGGACCCGACCUACGUCAUAAAUGCUUUCAACGUUGAUCCUUUGUACCUGAAGUACGAUACGCAGGGCUCAGCGCCGGAUUACAGGCAUUGGCAGAUCCCACUCGGCCGUAGAUUCCGCUCUCUGAAGCUCUGGUUCGUACUGAGGCUCUACGGGAUAGAGAAUCUCCAGAAGUACAUUAGAAAGCACAUCGCUCAAGCGCACGAGUUCGAGGCGAUGGUUCUCACCGAUCCCCGCUUCGAGAUUGUCGCCGAAGUUCUCAUGGGACUGGUUUGCUUCCGUUUAAAGGGUUCCAACGAUCUCAACGAGGCUCUCUUGAAGAGGAUCAACGGCGCCGGAAACAUCCAUCUCGUCCCGUCCAAGAUAAACGAUAUGUUCUUCCUGCGAUUAUCCAUCUGUUCUCGAUACAGCGAGAGCAAGGACAUAGAGUAUUCCUGGAAGGAGAUCAAGCUGAGAGCCAACGAGGUCCUCGAGGAGCAAUCGGUCUCAAAGUGAUGGCGCGCUCAAAUAGCUCGUGGUUGCAGGUCGCUAGCACCCGCCACCUGCAAUCAGUCCUAGUUUCGAUCGUAGCAUUCAAUAUUAGCUUGCCCUUUCACCCGGUGACUCUCGAGGACCAAGUAAGCUAAAGAGGCGAGUGACAUUAGAAGGUUAGUCGAGCGAUGAACAAUGAAAACGAUUGUGAUAAUUUCCGAAUUAAUUAACGAUCAAAUGACUCUCGUCAAAUUUCGAUCGACGAUUAAUUCAGCCGCUAAAAUCGUCGACAUGGCAAAUAAAGCACAGAGUUUGUUGUUGAGGAGAAAUUAAAUUUGUUCGUUCUUAUUUCAUAAUCCGUAUUUAAAAUCACUGUCAGUCAAGUGAUAUCUGCUGUAAUUUCCUGACACAGGUAGAAUUGUCAGUUCCUUGAAUUUUAUUGGACGUCAAGUUACAAUGUUAUUACAUAAAGAUUGCUGUUGGUAAUUUCAGCGGUUAAUCGUAGAUUAGUUUAAUCGGAGUUUGAUGGAAUCUUAAGUAUCACCUUAAGUAUUGUAGAAAUACGGGAGCUUUUCUUGAGAUAAUUUUAAGAGCACAUUCUUCGUUGAGAGAAAUUUAUUCGAUCAUGGCUAAUCGAUGCUGAAGAGCCUGGAGCGUUACUCAACGCCUUCGGAAUUCAAUAUCGCAGUAUUUCGUUAUCCCAGCGCGACCAUUAAAUCCAUAAUUUCAUGACAAUAUUACAACAGACGAGAAAUUAGCGGAAGCAGGCAAAUUAUGAUUGAUGAAGUAUGUGUGUCGGGACGCGCAAGAAGAUUGCCAGUAUUAGAAAUCGGUCUUGCGACUUGCCGGGAGUGUUAACAACGUAAUAAGUGUAAUGCAGUACUUUAUGUCACCUUGUGCCACUUUUGCCGCCGCAUCGUCGAUAUUUCUGUGCGAACUUCUUAGACAAUAUCCUUGUAAGAACAUUAUAUAAACGUGGUGAAAGCCGUGCGCACGUACGCACGAUCGUUAUCUCUGCAACAGUGUGUAUUGAUGUAAAUGUAAUGUCUCAGGUAUGAUUUUAUACACGCGUAAAGAGUACUCCUUGAAUCGCGUGUUUCCUAUGAGCAUAAUUCUUAUUUGUUGUUCUAUAGAUGUAGAACAUUUUAAUUUUCUUCCCCCUCCCCCCUCUCUCUCUCUCUCUCUUUUAGUACAUAUUUUAUAAUUUAAUGUUAUCUCCUAUAAAGUAACUUAUGCAAGUAAUUGAUUAUCCGUUCAAUAUCGCGACAGAAACUAGUCCCAUAAUUUCGAUCAGAAUUAUCCACCGAAAUGUUAAUAUAUUUCGAACAUUCACGAAGAAUCGAUGACAUUUUCCGUUCUGCAAUUCUUUACUAUUGUUAUUUUCGUGUACGUUGAAUUUGUGUGUGUAAAACAUGUUAUAUAUACAUAUACAUAUAUUAUAAAUAAUUAUAAAUAUGUUAAAGUUGUAUAAUCGAUAUAAUAUAUAUUUGUAUUUUAUUUUCUUUCUUUUUUAUCUUAGUGCAUUCUUUCUAAUUUCUGGUUUUAAUUUCCAGGAUUUAGUUUGAAGAAUCUCUAUAUUAAUAGUAAAUAAUCCCGGAGUCACUGUGUCGUUAGAAUAAUGACAGAUGAACAUUGUAGCAUCAAUGACGGCUCAAAGCGCAUAAUAUUACUAAUACAAUAAUGUCUUUCUAACUAUAAAGUGGCUCAGAUAGGUAACCUAGUGUAUGUAUAUGUGUGAGUUAAUACUUGCUGUAACGUUGUGCUGCAACAGGGACAAUAAUAGAAUUAGAAUUAUUCAAGAAAGCGUGACCUGUCGAAAGAAUAAGCUGACAAAAUUCGAACGUUCAGGCUCGCAAUAAGGGAAUAUAGAAACGCGGAUUUGAAGUUAAAUUUACAUAUCGUUAUAUUAUCGUCAGAACAAAUAGAAGCGACAGUACGUAGGCAUCCGAAUGAUUAUUACAAUUGAGUUGAAACGAGAAUUUUAAUAUUUAAAUUGAGGCUGAUCAACCGGCGGACUAUUUGUCGCGCGAAAUUUUGGGCAAAUCUUUAGCUUCUGUUAUAUUUUGUAAAAGUUUACACAUUCGCGCAUAUAUUCACAAAGAAGCUCAAAUAUCUUACAUCAUGCUGAAUGCGAAAUCGUUAAAAAUAUAAAUCUGAAGCAAUGACUUUGAUCGUUACGGGACCAACGAAUGAUUUGCUGCAAUAAGAGAAUUAUUGUAUUCUCGUUAUAUAUUCUCAUUUUUAAUGUGAACCGUCUGUUAUAAAACACUGAAAAGCGUAUUGUUAAACGUAAGUUGAUGUGGUGUUCCAGAGAAUUUAACUGUCCAACUGUUAAUAUUGACCAUAUUAGAAUCUA